AUGUGGGCCCUGCCCGUCGCCACGAGCCGGUGCGGAAUAUUGGGCAAGCACUGGAAAAAUGGGGUUCUUCCGGGUGAUCGACCAUGGGGUCCCCGAGAGCCUCUUGGAGGAGGUGAUAGAGGAGAGGGGUCACGCAGGUUGUUCGAACAGGAGACCGAGGCCAAGAAAGGAUUCUACACCGGAGAUUUUACGAAGAGGGUCAUAUACAACAGCAACGCGGCCCUUUCUAAUUCGGUAACUGCGGAUUGGAGGGACAGUAUAUUUUGCUCCAUGGGACCAGAGCCUCCCCAGCCCGAAGAGUUGCCCGAAGCUUUCGGAAUAGCAACACACUUUAUGUUGUUCUGCGGGAAUCCAUCCAACCAUACUUUUAAGGCAGCUCUAUUUCAGUUUUACGAUGCUUCGAAAAUUUUUGGCGGAGAAAUGCUGAUGGAGUACUCAAAGCAUGUGACGAAACCGGGCUCUUGUCCGUUUGAGCUCUUAUCAGAAGCUCUAGGACACCGCUCAAAUCAAUUGAUGGAGAUGGAGUGUGGAAAGAGAGACUUGAUCAUGUGCAACUUCUGUCCGCCAUGCCCCCAACCCAAGUUGACCCUGGGUGUGACAAAGCAAUCAGACAAAGACUUCCUCACGAUUCUCCUCCAAGAUCAAAUUGGAGGACUUCAAGUGCUUCAUGAGAACCAGCGGAUCCACGUUCCUCCAAUUCUUGGAGCACAAGUUAUCAACAUCGGAGAUCUUCUGCGGCCAUCAUCGAGGCCGUAUGGACCCAUCAAGGAAUUAACAUCAGCAGACAACCCACCGAUUUACAAGGAGACUACACUUCCAAACUACACAGCAAAUUACAUUUCCAAAGGCGUAUAUGGAACUUACGCCCUUCCCGAUUUCAAGCUGUAG